CGCGAUUCCUUGCUUCACCCCAGCGCCUAGACCAGAGCUCCGCAGGCUAUUAAUGCGCACCGGCAGAUUCAGCGCAGAUACGAAUACGCCACCGUCAGCUUAAUCAAACACCGGUCAAUAUAUAUAGAAGCACCAUCCCGCUCAAGAGUAUCCGCUAGAGCAGAAUUUAUUCAACUGUUAACUCAUCACACAAAUACACAUCCGCCAUAAUGCAAAUCUCCAACCUCUUCACUGUCCUAGCCAUUGCCUCGACCGCGGUCGCCGCACCAGCUCCUGUCGCUGCCCCUCCUACACAGUCGAGCGUCGGCUUCCGUUUGAGAAUCCGUCUCAAGGAUGCUGCCAAGGACUUUACGCCCAGCAUCCGCAACAACUAUCUUGUUAUUAACAAUGGAUACCCCAAUGAUUACGACUUCCUGAGCAUCAACUCGGGAAAGCAUACCCGCACCUGGAUAUUGAACGGCACACAGGCCGAAGUGGACGCCGGCCAGGCUCGCAUCGUUGAUGACUACCCCGAUGCUGUUGGCAGUAUCUACAUUGCCGACGACACCCCCCUGAACUCUGUUCGCAUCUCUAAGAACAACACUGCGACCGGCGUUACUCUCUCGCCUGCAUCCGACCCAGUCUCUUACCUUUUGCCAGAUCAGUACUUUGUUUGCAAGGAUGAUGGCGAGGUUCGCGUCCGCAACAUUGAUCCCGCCAAGGCAUCUUUGGCGCCCAGCACUUGUGUUCCCAUCAGACUUUACCCCGAAUGCCACGAUCUCUUCGACGGUGGUGCCGACACAACCAAUGCCAAGACAGUCCGCUGCUACAGCCUGGACACUAUGCCUGAGCACUAAAACAACUACUCUGAACGACGCCUACGAAAAUAUAUCACACAAAUACGCAUAUAAUAUAAAAUUAAUAUAAUUAUACUGAUAUAAUCUGUCUGCUCUGUCU